ACAUGCACAUACACACGCGCGCGCACUUACACACACACACGAGAGCGCACACGCGCGCGACAGCACAGGAACACAGAUGCACGCGCGCCCUCUCUCCAGACGGACCAGCCUUGACUUGUCACGACCUGAAAUAUAGAGAAUUGCUCUCGCCCAUCGCUCACAGUCCUCAUUCCUCGCCGACCGAGACGUUGUUCCUUGCGCCCCCCCCCCCCAUCCCGCACACAUCGUGCACGGGACGAAGAGUCGACGAUCACGGGGAGCCGAGGAGGAGGAGGACCUCAGUUCGCAUCCUGCAGACGCACGCGCUGUGCGGCAGUGGUGGUGGAGGAGGCGGUAGAGGUGGUGGUGGAGAAGGUGGAGGAGGAGGUGGACACGUGCACGCUCGCCCUCCUCGCUCGCUCGUCGUUGCCGUCGUCACCGUCAUGUCGGAGUCUCGCGCCUCCGUGGCGCACGCCGCCCUCUCGCGCUCCAGCAGCGUCCCCGUGGGCGCGCGGACGCUCAAUGGGAGCUCGCGCGGGCACGGGGCCCAGGGCGGCGGGCCGCUGGCCUCCGGGGCGGGGCCCGCCGGGGCCCACCCGGCGGGGAGCCACCCCCUGCUGACGGGGGGCCUCGGCGCGGCCGACAGGGAGAGGGGGGCCGCCCCUGCGGCGGCGGGGGAGAGCUUCAGCGAGGUCCUCCGGCGGCUGCUGGACGCGCACGAGAGGGAGGUGCAAGGGCUGACGCAGCAGCUGUCCAAGCUGAAGCAGGAGCGCUGCAUGCUGGAGAAGGUGUUCACUGCCAAUCAGCAGCUGAGGGAGCAGCAGAAGCUUCUCAAUGAGAACAUCAAGGUGCUGGAGGACAGGCUCCGUGCUGGCGUGUGCGAUCGCUGCAUCGUGACGGAGGAGCACAUGCGGCGCAAGCAGGUGGAGUUCGAGAGCGUCCGGCAGCAGAACCUCAAGCUCAUCACGGAGCUCAUUAAUGAGAGGAACGCCCUCACGGAGGAGAACCGCUCGCUGAAGGACACGCUUGAGGCAGUCAGACGCUCGCCCAGCGCCCUCCCGGGGCCGCAGGCCGAGGCAGUGCUGGAGCGGAGCGGCGAGCCGCACGGCGCGGCGCUGCGCGCGGAGCGUGGCGGCGGUGCCACGAGCGGUGGCGGUGGUGGCGGCGGUGGCGGCGGUGGCGCGGCAGGCUCGUGCGUGGUGUCGUGCGGGCGCACCGGAGCGCCGCCCUGCUUCAAGGCGCCGGCGAACCACUCCAGAGAGAGCUCCGGCUACUCCCCACAAUCUCGCGACACGGAGGGUCACAUGACGCUGGUGAUCAAGGCGCCCGGGGGCGGGCAGGCGGGAGAGCGAGACCGACCGAGCGCCAAGGAGAGCCACGCGCAGGAGCCGGCGAGCAUCAUCAUGAGCCUGGCCAAUCAGGAGACGCCGGCGGGAGCAGUGGCAUCACUCGACACGGACACCCUGCCGCUGGAGGCCGCCCUGCUGCUGGAGUUCGCCCAGCGCAAGCGUUGGGUCACCAGCUCGGACUGCGCGGUCAAGGAGCAGGCGGGGGCGACCGCCGACUGCAGGGGCGAUGCGAAUGAGCAUGGCGUUGGCGCCGGCGGUGGCACCGGCAGCACCACUGGCAGCCACGUGGUGGGGCCUGCGGCGCCCAUGAGCGUCGUGACCUGUCAGGAGCAGGGGCAGGGUCAAAGGGUGGAGGUGGUGCGACCUGUGGAGAAGAGCGCGGUGGAGGAGAAGCAAGUGGAGAAGCCAGUGAGCUUCGGGGUCAUCAGCAGCACGGCCAUAAAGCCCAGGUCACAUGACACGGCCGACUCGUCCACCAUGGACGAUGUCAUAGUUCAAGGGUCGAAGAAGAUUCAAGGUAUCUGCCAUCAGCCCACCGUGGUCAUCAAGCAAGAGGAUGUGAUCGUCUGCCUGGCUUCCAUGGCGGCGCGGGCGAGGAGCAGCGCCGGCGCGCGGCACGCGGCCACCAACGGCGACGCCAACGCAGAGACGUCCCUGGCUGGCGUGACGCACCUGGAGGGGAGCCUCCUCGUCAAGGUGGAAGAGGUGGACCGGCGGCACGGAGACCCAGAGGGGCUCAGCGAGAUGGAGAUGGAAGGAGGAGUCGUCUUGUCACUGAAAAGAUUUUGUUCGCCGAACAUCAAGAGAACGUUUAACGAGCUUGAAGACGACGACCAAAACCUGGACGACGACGACGUGGACGGGGAGAAGAGGAGCCGCGUGGCGCAGGCUCAGGAGCUGCCCGAAGAUCUGAGUCUGGCGACAGGAAUCCACGGGCGAGACGGUGUCAUCAAGGAGCAGCAGCUGUCCAAUCAGCAGUCGCCUUGCAGAAGGCUUCAGGCGGCGAAGGACGCGAAAGCCAACACGAUGAUGCGACACAGGGGGCUCAUAACGACCGCGCCCUCCUGCAAGGUGAAGCCGGGCAAGCGGCUGUGAGAGGGAGGGGGGCCCGGACCCCUCUCCCACCGCCAGCCUCGACAAAAAGCCAACAUCUACAUUUAGACCAGAGCGCCGCCCCCCCCACCCCCCCCCCCCCCGUGUGUACAUGAGUUUGUGUCGACGGUGACAGACGGACGCUGCGGUGUGCGCGAUCCAGAGGGUCCCAGCUUCGGUCUCUCGGUGUGCGUGCGCUCGGCCGUUGAAUUUCAACGGCGCAGGUUUCUUAAAAUCCGCUACCCGCCAUCUCGUCUGUACACCCAGCAGCGUAAAAGGGUUCGCCACGGCACCGCGUUCGGUCGCGUACAACGCCCGCCUCUUCGAAGGCACCGGCGGUGGCCAGCGUGGAAGAGUAGACCAAAUACAAUCUAGGAGGGAGGGGGUGGGAGGGGGCCCACACAGAGCUCCCUGGAGCGUUGUUCAGGGCCCCCCCUCCGCCAACAGUAGCGUGAGCAAGCAGUUGCAGGGAAGCACCUUUUACAUUUGGAUUGUUUUUAGACACCAAGGUCAAAAUAAGAAGUUAAGGGGGGGGGCGCAGGUGGGGGGGGGGGGGGGGGGCUCACGUGCUGCUGGUGAAGGCCGGGGCGAUGCGGCCGUGGGGGCGAUGGGGGGAGCGAACCCCGGCCUUGGGAGGAGCGCGCGGUGACCUUUUAAACACGAACAACGGAGUCGAGCAGCGUCGUCGUCGUCGAAUGUUUUAUGUUUUAUCUUCCGGACUCGAUCUCGAACCGCGUUUUGUAACUUAACCGCGGGGGGCGGGGGGGGAACCGGUUGUCGGAAAAAUAAAGUUGCCGUCGUUUUUAUAAAUAUUCUGUGCCCGCCCGCUCCCACCCGCGCUUGACGCGUCUUGAACAAAGAUUAACCUUCAAAAAGCCGAGCGGGGAAACUGAGCUAGUGGCCAAUCGAGACGAGAGCCCCCAGGGGUCAAUGAAACCACCCCCCAACCCCCCCCGAUACUAACGAACGCCUUUACGCGGCGUUCCGCCGUGAAGCGGGGAUGUGAACUCUCCAUCGCCCGUGGGUAGACUGUAACCCCCCCCUCCCCCCCCGGGAGUUGCGGAUUUCCAGCGCUUGCAAAACAUUUUUAUAACGCGUGGUUACAUGCGAGCGGGUGCGGGUUGAAUCAGUCAGCCACUCCUCACUCGUCGAGGGUCCACCGAUCUCGGUGCCCACGUGACCGCAAAACGCAGCGGCAAGUCCACCGGUGACUUUGAAGAUGCAAUACAAUGGGACGAGACGUUCUACGUCUGAACCCCACCCCCGACGCCAACGCGGUCUGUAUAUUCCGGAUGUCGUGGUGGGCAUCAACCGCGUUUUGUUUUAACCAGGGAUGCCCGGCUUCCGAAUGAACCCGGUAAAUUGUAGAGUCGACUGUUGCCCCAUUAGGGCAAGUGAAUAUAGGAAAAAGAAAUGUGGAAUGUUAUAUUUACCGCUGCGUAAAAAAUACAAAUAUAUAUUGUACCGGGUAGCCCCCACCGCCACUGAAGCAGCCUUUUGAGAGACCAACGAAUGUAAGCCCCGUCCGCUGGCCAUCGCUAAAAAAGUGCGAAGUGCAGCAACACACACGGGGGUGGUACAGGUGUGUAUUGCAGGUGUGUAGUGCAGUGAUACACAGGGUAGUACAGGUGUGUAGUGCAGUGAUACACACGGGGGUGGUACAGGUGUGUAGUGCAGUGAUACACACGGGGGUGGUACAGGUGCGUAGUGCAGCAACACACGGGGGUGGUACAGGUGCGUAGUGCAGCGACACGCACGGGGGUGGUACAGGUGUGUAGUGCAGUGACACACGGGAUGGUACAGGUGUGUAGUGCAGUGAUACACACGGGGGUGGUACAGGUGCGUAGUGCAGCGACACACACGGGGGUGGUACAGGGUGGGGGGCGGAGGAUCGCAUCGUUUGUGCACUUUAACUCGCGCACCGUGGGACCACAGCGGGAGUCGAACUCUCAACCCAGGUAAAAUCAACCCCCAGUGGGUUCUUUGGGGGUGUGCGAGCUGGUGCCUUCCCUUGUACCAAGCUUGUGAGCUGGUGCCUGCCCUUGUACCAAGUUGUUGCUGCCCUUCUCUGUCCGAGCGUCACCACCGUGCCAGCCUUUCCCGCGGGGUCACUUUGCUCGCGUCCCGUGUCAACGCAUCCGACAAAGUCGCUUGGUCGCGGCCCGACUCUCGGCUCGCUCGUGUUACUUUGAAAUAUGUAUAUAUAUUACGUAAAGCGUUUAACGUCAACGUCUCCGCUGAGACGCUCGUAGUCAGCCACUGCACGAUGUUUUUGAUGUCGCGAUGACCGCAGACGCUUCCGGGGUUAGGUUCAAACCCAAAACCACGAGCCUCGCCCGAGCCGUAACCCUUCCUCCGUCCCGACCCCAAAGCGCGGCCGCGGUGCGUACUCGCACCGCUGUUGGGACACAACAAAAACAAUGAAGACUGAUGUUGAGGUGCAACCGUUGCAGCUACAAUUCCACAUGGGAUGGGAAGGGGGGGGAUGGAGGCGUGAAUUGUGAGAUUCACGCGCUGCGAUAGCGAAUGCUCAUCACUGCCAGUUAGCCACGCGAAGAGACGCUCUCCGCUUGUUGAAUCGUACGAAAUUUUUAUUUUUAAUUUACAGACCUUUCUCACUCCACUGCUGGAUGAAGGCCUCCCAAAUGUUUUUGUCUUUCGGGGGGGGGGGGGUUGUGUGUUGUUGUCCAUACUUCACCUGCCCGGUCGACGCGGUGGUGGUGGAAGCGCGGGUUCGGUUUAGACGGCGCUUGGUGCUGGUGACGGCGGCGGUGGUUGUGAAUUGAACGGAGGUUUCGCGGGUUCGUAGCGUGGGUUCGUAGCACGGGUUCGUAGGCACCACUCUGGCAAUUCAAAGACUUGCCAGCGCGGACGAAUGGAAAUGCCGUCGGCUUAAAGCGUCGACGGGAAGACAACUCGCUCGGACGUCCGGCGCUUACGCCCAGUCGCCCAGUGUUCCGUCGACCCGAGCAGACUUGGGAUUAAGAAACGACUUCAGGAGGAGACUGCCGCACGGCUUCUCCGACGCGCUUUUCGAACCACGCGUGGUUCGGCGCGACGUCCCGACGCUUCGCUCCACGUUGCCUGACCAAAGUUGAUUGAAGGAGCCAUCCGGGGGGCACGCGGAACGAAACAGCGCGGACGUCGUGCCGAACGGAGCGUGGCACGGCCCGAAAACAGGUUUGGCGGCGUUCAGAAUGUGUGUGCCCAACUUACCUGGGAUUUGAAUAAGAUGGGCCUGUAAAUACAAAUUCUGGACGCCGCAGCCAAGAUCUGUCAAUCAGGUGCAGCUUGAGCAAGCAUGAAAGUUUUGUGGGUUGAGAAAUAUGUCGUUAGUGAGAAGUUGCACUCCGGCCGAAAAUAUAUCAUUUGGGAGACGUCCCAAGCGGUUGUCGUUUACCGAACCGUCAAAUGAGGGCGCUUUAAAUGUCGCAAUAAUACAGGCGUGAACUCCACCUCAAGCUCUCGAGCCACCCAUGGUCGUUGCCUCAGCAUCCGUCGUUAAACCCAGGAACUCGCCCAGGAAAGCCUCACCGAGUCUCAGGGCUCCGUUUUUAAGGAGUGUCCUGCCAAAUUGGGACGCUUUGGCCAUCACUUCCACAAACUCAGAGUUUGGCUUUCGUUGUGGGAGAUAACCGGGGAAAACCCACCGAGCUUUGUACAAGGGGUCGACAAACACCCGGCAAGCCCCAUGGUGUUGCCCGCCCAUCCAAUCGCUAAACAGGCUCGCCGCCGCUUAGCUUCCAAAAUCCGGCAAGAUCGGGCACAUUGAGGGCAUAGGAAUCGAAAGCUUUCGAUUCUCACACAGACACACGAGUGGAUACAAUUAUCACGAGAGUCAUCGUUAUCGAUUACUAAUCGACCGGACAGCAGGGCAGCGAUGCUUGAGGUGCGCUUCAUGUCGACCGAAACGGAGAGGGAUUCGAUCGAGAGCUCUCGACUUGUCAAACGGAGGCGUUCACGGUGCAGUCGAGCUCACCCCUGGCGCGUCUCUCAAUCAAACAGCCUUCGGUUGGAUUCCAGUUCAUAUUGAGCUUGGUUACUCAUCAACAGCUCGGACUGCGAGUUCAACUCCGGCUCUCUCGAUCAACAAUUUAUUUCUUUGUCCUUUUACCCCAAAGUGUGCACCUUUGUUUCCGACGCGCAAUCGUGGCGGUCGUGCCGACCGUAAGUGGAGGGAUCCAUUUGUAAAGUGUCACAGCGCUGUUGUGUGACCCCCUCACCCCCGCCCCCCACGUGUUCAAGAAUGGAGGAGCCUUCACAAGGCCUUUUUUUAAUCUUCACGACAGUAGGGGGCGCACUUUUCCACACUUUGCUGUGAGAUCGCCGUUUGCUUUGCAUGACGGUCAAAUCGUGCAUUUUACAUUCUCAUGAAGAUGCCAAAUUUCGGUGAAGACAAUCAACAAAAAGUUAGUUGUAUUUACUUGCAGUCAGUGGUGGCCGGGCUGAGACCACGGCCGCGUGCCUUUAACCACGGAUUCACAGCAGUGCCGGCUCCGCCGAUUAGUGGCCCGGCAUUGCCGCCUACCGUGACCGCAUUCGGGGGAAGGGAGCGAGGGGAGAGGAGAGCCCGGUGGGGUGCCUGGGCCACUCGAGGGCAGUGACAACGCCCGAGCACUCCACAGCCGACGGCCACUGCGCUCGGCCCCUCUCGAGCGAACCGGGCCCGCUUGUUUUGAAUGUACACAAUUUACAAACCACUUGUUUAUAUAUGCCUCGCCUCCACCCCCCCCCCCCCCCCUUCUCAUUGCCGAGGGGAACCUUGUUGGUUGGCGUAGCCUUUGACGCGGCCGUGCCCCCUUCACGUCUCUGGAUAUUUAUUUGCGGAUGAAGGCUUUGGCUAAGAUUAGGGUCCAGCCGCUUGUAGCCCCCUGCACGUUCAGCGUGCUUGGUGCUAUUUUUAAAUGUCUUUCUCGCUCGUUAUUUUGUUUAUUUUUAUUUGUAAAACUAGCUCGGAGAGGGGGGGUGUUGGGGCGGGGGAAAUUGAAUCUCUGUCGCACUCCUAUUUUCGUUCGAU